AUGGACCAGGAGGGUGCAGACGCGGGCGGCGGGGAGGCUAGUGCCGGCGGCGGGGAUGGAUCCAGGGGGCCGCCCGAUGCGGCAGCGCCCGCGGAACAGCAGCCGCAGGCGCAGCCCAGCGCCGCCGCUUCUGAGCAGCAGCCCGCAGCAUCGGCGCUGCCCGACGCUGCCGGUCAUGAUCCGCAGCCGCCGCCACCUGGCGCCGUCGCCCCGGCGGACGCGCCUGCUGCGAUCCCGCUGCCUGGUGCCGCUGCCCCCGAACAGCAGCCGGCGGUGCCCUUGUCGCUGGCUGCAGCGGAUUCCGAGCAGCAGCGUACAACCGCCGAGCCCGCGCCACCCGGAGCGGCAGCUGCAGAAACGGCGUCGGCAGACCAGCAGCCGGCUACAGCCGCUGCGCCGGCGGAGGAGCAGCCCGCCGCAGAAGCAGCGCCGGCGGAGCAGCAGCCUGCCGCAGAAGCAGCGCCGGCGGAGGAGCAGCCCGCCGCAGAAGCAGCGCCGGCAGAGCAUCAGACCCCUGCUGCGGUCGCAGCGCAGCAGCAUGACACCACUUCCGACGCCGCUGCUUCAGCACCGCAUGAGCAGCAGCCCGCGCCGACGCCGCCUGGCGCCGGCGUGACUGGACAAGGGGAGGGGCCUGUUGCGGAGGACCAGGGUGGCGAUCCACCUCCUGAUCUGAACCAGCAGCAGCAAGAGCAGCAGCAGGAGCAGCAGGAGCAGCAGGAGCAGCAGGAGCAGCAGGAGCAGCAGGAGCAGCAGGAGCAGCAGGAGCCGAAGGAGCAGCAGGAGCAGCAGGAGCAGCAAGAGCAGCAGGAGGAGGAUCAAGAGGAGGAAGAGGAGGAGGACGAGUUUGGCCUUGGCGGCGCCGUCCCCACGCUGCCGCGCCGCGCCCCAGAGCCGGCCCUUUCGCCGACGCCGCCGCCGGGCUCGCAGCAGCAGCACGGGCAGCAGCAACUGGGCAGCCCCGAGGAGCGCGCCGCGCGCAACGGGGUGGCGGCGGGGGCGCCGUUGGCGGCGGCUGCGGGCGCCCCGGCGCCGGGCUCGGAAGCUGAAGAGGCGUCCUCGCUGGACGAGCCGGCAGAGGAAGGGGUGCCCGCGAGCCUGGUGCGCGCCAACCACCACCACCCCCCCGGCGGCGCGCAAGGGCCGGGG